GAGACACAGGCUGGAUUAAGAGUCGUGUGAGAGAGCAGACUAACCUUAGCAGGUAAAGCAAUAAACCUGCUUUUCGUAUGAAGUAUAAAAACGUGCAUGGGUGAUAGUAGUGGCUAUCGCUAUUUGUGGAUCUGUGAAGAUGGAUGCUGUGAAGCGGUGGAAGGCAGGAUGGGGCUAUCCCACAACUAUGCUGUGCGUCUAUGGGUUCUUCAGUACUGUGAAACCUCUCGUACCCUUCAUCUACCCUUACCUGACUGGUCCAGACAAAAACCUGACGGUGGAACAGGUGACCAACGAGAUCUACCCUGUGUGGACAUACUCCUACCUGGCUGUGAUGGUGCCAGUCUUUCUGCUCACCGAUUGGCUGCGCUACAAGCCCGUCGUGGUGUUUCAGUGCAUCAACCUCUUCAUAACCUGGGCGAUGAUGCUAUUGGUGCAGGAGGUGGCAGUCUUUAAGGUGAUGCAGUUCUUCUACGGCGUGAAGUCGGCCUGUGAGGUGGCCUACUUCUCAUACAUCUACAGCAUAGUGGACCUGAAAUACUACCGAAAGGCUACAUCCUACUGCCGUAGUGUACAGCUGCUAGGCUACACGGUGGGAUCUGUGCUGGGACAGUUGCUGGUCAGUUUCAACCUCAUGUCCUACAACAACAUCCUGGUACUUACCCUGGUGUUGAUCUCCAUCGCCCUGGUGACUUCCCUCUUCCUGCCCAUGCCACAGAGAAGCAUGUUCUUCCAUCGGAGUCAAAGUGACCCUCCACAGACCCCAGAAGGAGGGGACAUGUGCGCAGGUGAUGUGUCCACUGAGGGGCCAGUGAGGGCUAGGGGCUGCAACCAGGUAUUUUUGCUGCUGUGGAGAGACUUUCUCCAGUGCUACUCAACCAGGGCACUGCUGUACUGGUCAUUAUGGUGGGUACUGGCUACCUGCGGCUACAACCAGGCAAUUAACUAUGUACAGGUGUUAUGGGCACACAUACAGCCAUCCCAGAAAGUCCAAGUCUACAACGGAGGGGUGGAAGCUGUGUCCAAUCUGUUUGGUGCAGCGACGGCCUAUGGCAUUGGUUUCAUCCAGGUGGACUGGGCCCAGUGGGGAGAGUUGUUCCUGGGCUCCAUCUCUGGCCUGGGUGCUGUAGCCCUGUUCAUCAUGACCUUCACUGACAACAUCUGGGUCUGCUAUGCCGGCUAUGUUGCCUUUAAGGGCCUCUACAUGCUGCUUAUCACAUUUGCCAUGUUCCAAAUUGCUACUGAUCUCUCUAUGGAGAGAUAUGCACUGAUCUUUGGAGCAAACAACUUUGGGUCUUUGGUCCUUCAGACUAUCAUCACAUCCGUUGUGGUGGAUGGCAGGGGGCUGGGCUUGGGCAUCAUCCCACAGUUCAUCAUUUAUGGAAGCUACUUCUCAGCCAUCGCUGUCAUUUUCUUUCUGAGAGGUGUGUACACGAUAAUGAGAGUGCGGCAAAGCCACAGAGACUCCACCACUGCAGAGGAGGAGCCUCCAAGCCCAACCACGUGUACACCACUGCAAGCUUGAA